AUGACCGAGGCGUGGAUCGAGGGGCGGCAACGAUCGAUACGCUUAAGGAGCACUCACCCUUCUCAACUCGCUUCACGCAUCGAUUCCGAAUUCUGUGGCUGAAGUGUUGGGUCAGAAAAGUGACUGCCGUCGACAUUUUCAACAGCAACGACUCGGAAAGGCUCGCGUUGAUCGACCCGGAACCGUUACAUCCACAAGCUUGCUGAGAAGAGUACGAUUAACUUCGCGUUGAGGCCAGGUCCUGCUCCAAAUCAUGUGGAUGCCAUAUAUGUCCCCGCCGUUGGAUCCACUCGCGUACGAGUUCAUCGAGUCUCCGAAUCGUUCCCAGUCGUCGGCAAUCGUACGUUCUUCAAAUCGGGCAACGCCGGAAUAGAGUGGAAUCAGUGUGGUCAAGCACUUCUCAUUCUUGCUUCUGUUGAAGUGGAUAAGACAAAUCAAUGGAGAGCAAAGUCUAUACCUUAUCAACAUUCAAUCAAGAGGGUCUGUAGUUGUUGCUUUGGAAAAAAAGCCCAAUUUACGGUGCUAAGUGGAAACCCAACGGCCGAGAAUUCGCUUUUUUUUUCACCAAAAUCAGAAUUUUGCAAAUAA